AUGCGUCUUCAAAAUAUUGCUGCGGCCGCAGCCUCCUUUGGGGUUGUGUCUGCUGGAGUGAUCCAAGCAAGAUCUUCCCAAGACACCUGCGCUAACACCGUCUUCACCGGUGAGGUCCUACACCUCUCUGUUAACAUCGUCGAAUACCCUGUUAUCGUUGAUGUUGAGCUGAAGGAGGAUGCCGUCGUCACUAUCGACAACACCAUUCUUAUUGACUGCACCAAUGCUCCGACUCACUUGCACACUACCGUCUUUGCUACCACUACUUCGACUAUCACCAAGACUGUUUCCACUGCCACCGUCACCGCCGUUGCCGGAGAUGCUGCUGCUGGAAGUGAACAGACUCACUCUAUUGCCACCUCCACCGAGACUGAGCGCACCGUGGUAACUCAGGUUGGCACCAAGACUGCUGGUCACGCCAGCAAUGGAAAUGGCAACAGCAACAGCAAUGGCAAUGUCGUGGUUAGCACCAAGUCCAAGCCCAACAACUCCAACCCCACCACAGCUACUGCUGAUGAUGUUGCCCCCGUUGCUGGCGGCUCUGCCGUUGGCUCUGGUAUCAACACCAACCUGUACACUGCUACCACCUCCAACACUGCUGUUCGCACCAUUGUGGCCUCCGCCUCUGUUCACGGCAGCAAGAUACUUAAAACCUACACCACCACUGUUGCUUCUACCGUUGCUACCGCUACUGCCGGCGAGUGGACCGACUGGACUAGCUUCAAGGCCAACGGUGUCAACCUCGGCGGCUGGCUCGAGCAGGAGGAGGUCUUUGACCAAUACUGGUGGGACCAGUAUGCUCCCGAUGCUGUUGAUGAGUGGACCUUCUGUGAGAUUCUUGGCUCUCGGUGUGGCCCUGUUCUCGAGGAGCGCUAUGCCACCUUUGUCACCACCGAUGAUAUUGACAAGCUUGCUGCUGUUGGUGUCAACACUCUUCGUAUUCCAACCACCUACGCAGCCUGGAUCAAGGUCCCCGGCUCCUCUUUGUACCACGGUAACCAGAAGGACUACCUCAAGAAGAUCUCCCUCUACGCCAUCAAGAAGUACAACAUGCGCGUGAUUGUCGGCCUCCACUCCCUCCCCGGUGGUGUCAACAGCCUCGAUAUCGGCGAGAAGUCCGGAAAUGACGGCUGGUUCUUCAACUCCACCAACCUGGCCUACUCCUUCAAGGCCGUCGAGCAAGUCCUCGAGUGGUUCGUCGAGACCGGCUACCCCUGGGCCUUUACCAUCGCCCCCAUCAACGAGGCCUCCGACAACCCCUCUGGCUUCGCUUCCCCCCAGACCCUGACCACCAACGGAACCAACUGGAUCGUGAAGUACACCCAGGGUGUCCUCGCCCGCGUUGCCCGCAUCGACAAGCGCAUUCCUGUCAUGCUCCAGGACUGCUUCCUCGGUGAGGAGCACUGGUCUCCCUACUUCGCCACCGGCACCAACAUCGUCAUCGACACCCACGUCUACUACUUCGCCGCCUCAGGUGUCUACUCCCAGUGGGCCAAUGGCGCCAUCUGUGGCCAGGCCUCCGUCGUCGGUGGUGACGGCAAAUUCCCCGUCUUCAUUGGUGAAUGGGCUCUGCAGACUCUGUACAGCAACAGCUACGCCAACCGUGAGAACCUCUUCAACACUCAGCGCUAUGCUUGGAGCUUGUAUGCUCAAGGUGGAUCCUUCUGGAACAUUAAGCACAACAGCAGCGCUGCUGUUGAUGGCCAGGGUACUCAGCGUGAUUACUGGUCCUAUGAACGUCUGAUUGAUGCCGGUGUUAUCCACUCUGUUAACGCCACUGCUACUUACUGCUAG